AUGUCGAAUCCAGUCAACUUGCUUCAAACCGCUAAUAAUGAUUGUAAUUUGUCACAAUCUCCGGCACUGUCAGCUCACACCAUCAGCACCAUUCACGACCAGGAAUGUAGUGGAACCCCACUGAAUACUUCAUGGAGUUGGUUUCUGGACAAGACUGUUCGCGGAGUUUCGGCGGCCGAGUACGAGGCCAAUCUGAAAAAGAUUUACACCUUCUCCAAGGCUGAGACGUUCUGGUCAGUGUACCACAAUAUUCCUUCCGUUGCAGAGAUUCAGAUGAGGUACAGCUACCAUCUGAUGAGGGAAGAAAGACGCCCGCUGUGGGAAGAACCUUACAACCGUAAUGGGGGCACCUGGAAGAUCAAAUGCUUCAAACCUGAUACUGUGACAGUCUGGAGGGAACUGCUGUUGGCUGCCAUUGGAGAACAAUUCUGUGAUUAUGUGGAACCAGGAGAUGAUAUUUGUGGAGUGUCUGUUUCUGUCAGAGACAGAGAUGAUAUUGUUCAGAUAUGGAACAUAGACAGCACUAAAGCUGACAAAGCCAGGAUAAUUCAGAAGAUUCAAGAGCUUUGUCCCAAUAUAGAGUUCCAGGCUGUCUUUUACAAGCCACACCAAACUCACCAUGCUUAUGAAGGCGCCAAAUAAUAAUAAUAGGGUAUACGCUGCCACGUACGCAUAAAAAUGACGGGAAUAAGAUUCGUCUAAAUAAUUUACACCUGUCAAAAAAAUCUAUCCCCGUAUCAUUAGUUCUUGUUUUAUAUUUUGUUUUCAGAGGGAACCAAAUAAGGUCGUUCCCAUUCAGUAGUUGCGUAAUAGGGAUAAUAUUUACCCGCUUUCAGUCGAUCUGUUUUAUCUUCAAAAAGAAAAAAGAGUAUAAUACUUGUACAUUCAAGAAAACCUGGCCAAAUAUGUGUAAAUACGAAUAAAGUACACGCGAUAAAAACGUCA